AUGGUGGAAAACGACAUCAAACGGCACGACAUAUUUUUGAUCGUUUCCGGAAUCAUUUUAGGCUUUGCCGACCCCAUCACUGAUAUUCUCACACUGGUGGAAUUCUACCUCGAGGAUCACAAGACAUGGUUCGGUGUAGGCCUCACUUUCGUCUUUUUGCCCUGUUUUGUGUUUUUACUGACUUAUUAUGUUUUAAAAAGAUCUGAAUUGAAAAAGGUCAGCAUUGCUAGGAGGUGCCCGCAAGUUAUCCUUUGCGCUGCAAAUCCAUUCUUUCCAGCCUUUCUAAAACUGCAAACACUGUUUUCCUACCUGAAGAAAUUUACGAAUUUCUGGCGUGGCAAUAAAGUUUCAGGAAUGGAUUCAGGAAAUAGUGACAAAGAAGCUGAUGAUGAUCUAUUGCAUCAGAGCAAUGUCGCGCUUCUGUUUGAGGGUACUCUUGAAUCAGCUCUUCAGUUUAUUAUUCAGUUGUACGCCAUGGUUGUUCAACAGCAAUCCGUGACGAUCGUCCAAAUGGUUUCCCUGCCCGUGUCUUUCCUCAGCUUGGCUUGGGCGUCUACUGUUGGCGAUGAGUUCAUUCACUACAAUGCAGGUGGCGCUAACGCGGGGCGAAAUUUAAUACACAGACUACUUCGCUUUACAACGCAUGUAUCCCUUUUGAGCAGUCGACUGUUUGCCAUUGCUUUGUUCAACGUACGUUACAAGUGGUGGAUUACCAAAGUUUUGAUUCUCCAUUCUAUGGCGAUAGUGGUCUGUGGUAUCAUCUGGUUUUAUCCCCGAACACUGUGUAAUGCCAAAGCACUGGAAGCUGCACGUUUAAUAGCUUCCUAUUUCUGCCUUCAUUGGCUGCGAGAUGACAUAGCAGUUAGAAUACAUGAGGUACCAAGAGAAAAUCGAAAGAAAGAACUGAGAAUUAUGCAGUUGUUUUCCAACGUACUGUUUGUGAUAGAAAACAUCAUCAUGAUCCUGUUGUUUUAUUUCAAUCAUUUCCCUCACACCUGGUACUCCUUACCAGUCACCAUCUGCGUCUGUUUGUUUGCUGUUCUUGGAGCCAUAAUGCUGAUAAUGAGACUUGCUCAUUUUUCUUUUUUAUCGAAAAAGUUAAAUGAUGAUAGUGAUGACUUUUCUUAA